GACCCAGGCUUGCAGCCCUCUGUCUCUACUCUAGACCCAGGCCUGCGGCCCUCUGUCCUGCCUCUAGACCCUGACCUAAAGCCCAGUGACCAUAACUUGUUUUCAGCUUCUCAGAGUGUGUUUAAAGCAGCACCUACACAAUCACUGGCAUUUCUAUCCCACUCUCAACCAUCCCGAGGCAGACCUCAACCGUCCACAACCCAGUCACAACCUCAACCACCCAAACACUUUCCCCAGCUGCCUUUAUCCCAGCCUCAACCAUCUCCAGCUCAACCCCAGCGACCCGAAAACGUCACGAAACCCCCUUCCCCCCAACCUCACCAGCCCCAGUCCUCACAUGAGCAAACCUGGCAUCCUCGUCUCCAAACCAAACCGACACAUCCCCUCAACGAGGCCUCCAUCCUCACCCCCUCACCCCCACCACCGCCUCUUCCCCUGACCCCAGAGCCCCCUACCUUGGACAGACAGGUCCCCAGCAGCCCCCCGGUCACCACCAUGGACCCCCUCCGGCAGAACGCCAGCCAGUCUGCCAACCCAGCACCACCUGCCAGGUCAGCUGGGCCCAACCACUCAGAGCCCACAGAGAGGCUGAAGAGGAACACCUCCCAGUCCACCAUGAGGACCAGCGAUGACCCCAGGGUGACACCGAAGCCUCCGUCAUGGCUGCCUGUGCUGGAGAAGCACGACAUCCCCAUCGUGGUCGGGGUCGGCGUGUCCCUCGCCUUCAUCUUCAUCACCAUGGCUUUCUACUCGCUGGUCCCGAAGAACGAGCCUGCUCCGAUUGGUCGAGGAGUUAAGAGGAACCUGGGGUUACCUUGUAGACAAGCUGAACGUCUGGCCACCGGUAAAACAUACGAGAACAGGGCGUUUGAGGAUAACGAGCUGAUGGCGGUAAUCGAGCAAAGCCCCAAUACAUCCGACACAAGGGCCCGACCCUCGACCAGCCCGGUCCCUACCCAAACAGACCCCUCUUCUGAGGGGCUCCAGGAGGGGCCCCCGGCCCAGCCCACGCCUGAACACUCAGUCAUAGCAGAUACCUCUCUGGAGCCCAGCCAGGACACCCUGGUGGACACCUCCCUGGAUGAGGAGAAGGGGUGCACCCUAUCCCACCCCAGCAUCCAGCUGCAGUGUGUGGAGGACUGGAUCGCCGGGGGGCCCGAGUACCCCGCGUUCCCGGACGCCCUCCCUCCCCCGUCGCCCUCUCCCUACCGCUCGCCCUCGCCCUCCCCGCCCAGCCGGCGCGAAGAAGCCUUCCGUUCCUCCCUCACCCUCCGGACGGCGGAACCCUGCGCCACGCCUGUCCGCCACAGCCUGAGCAUCUCCCACGGCAACAUGCCCCUCCUCCUCUCCCACUGCGUGUCUCUGGGCCUCACCACGGUCGCCGUCGACGUCCAUUUUUUCCCGGCGUCCAGUGCGGCGUCGGUGACGACGGCCGGCCAGCUGAGCACCACCGCGCCUGCGACCGCCUCGCCACAGGGGUCGCAAAUGAGCUCCCGAUUGGCUCACAGCCAGGAAAACGACCUCCUGAUCUCCAGUAUGCGCCAGAGUAAGUAAGCUGAGAGCAAAGCCGUGUUUAAUAGUGACAUGUUGACAUAAGGGACUACCCUGGCAUACAUCUGGUUGUCUUGUCAGCUUGACGUAGCCCUGUUUUGUCUGUGAUCAGGAGGGGUUGUGUUUGAGUUACUGGUAUGUAAGAGGAAGUCCGUUUUCUUCUGAAGACUAGGCUUGAAUUAGACUGUACAUACUGCACUUUCACCUGUAUUGACUGUACCAUCUGGUGUAUUUUUGUCUUUCUACUUGAUAUGCUAUUUUAUUACAUUUUAGGUGGCAGAAAAAUAUAUUCUUGGCAGCUCUCUUAAGCUGCCAUGUGUACAGCUCACUGAAUAGUUACAAGACUGGAGUGUAAUGUACUGUACUUUGUAUAUUUUAUACUUUUUGAUUAAGGUAGAGAUUACACAAUUCUAUUUUCUGGU